AUGCAAAAUCCUCCACCUCGCACACCUCAGCCGGACUUCUUCUACUCCUCCAUUCUCCAAACAACCGUCAAGACCAAGACUCCGGCCAAAAUCCGGCCGGUCCACGCCCGCAUAAUCAAGUCCGGCCUCCACCUCGGCGCCUUCCUCAUGAACACCCUCAUGAACGCCUACGCCAAGUCAAGCUCCCUCUCCGAAGCCCAGAAGGUGUUCGACGAAAUGCCCCUUAGAAACGUCUCCUCAUACAAUACCCUGCUUUCCGCAUACGCCAAACAGGGCAAGACCCGCGAAGCCCUCUCGAUUUUCAACCGGACCCCAGAUCCCGACUCGGUUUCUUGGACCGCUUUGAUAGUCGGGUACAAUCGGAUGGCCCGUUUCGAGGUUUCGUUUCGGUUAUUUUUAGAAAUGAUUAGGAGCGGCGUUUCGCCCACAGAGUACACUUUCACCAACGUUCUUGCCUCGUGCAUGGAGAUUGAAGGGAUCGAUUUGGGCCGGAAGAUUCACUCGUUCAUCGUGAAGCUCAGCCUCUCGGGCUAUAUUUCCGUGUCCAAUUCGUUGCUGAAUAUGUACGCGAAAUCGGGCGAUUUCCGAACGGCGCUAACAGUGUACAAACGGUUCUGGGCCAUGACUGAUCGUGACCUCAUCUCGUGGAACUCAAUGAUAGCGGGCUACAAUCAGUGUGGGCUCGACCAAGAAGCUCUGGAGAUGUUCGUGGAGCUCAAUUUGUCUGAAAUAAGGCCUGAUAGAUACACACUCGCAAGUGUGUUAUCCGCAUGUGCGAAUCUCGAGAGGUUGGAUGCUGGGAAGCAAGUUCAUGCUUUUGUCGUGAAAAACGAACCCGAUUCUCCAGUGCCCGUGUGGAAUUCGUUGAUCUCGAUGUAUUCAAAGUGUGGCCGUGUCGAGACUGCGCAUAAAAUCGUGCUAAAAUGCGGGACGUCUGUGCUAAAUGUUAUAGCUUUUACGGCUUUAUUAGACGGGUAUGUAAAGCUCGGUGAUUUGGGCCCGGCCCGUGAGAUUUUCGACUCGUUGAGUGAUCGUGAUGUGGUCGCGUGGACGGCUAUGAUCGUGGGUUACGCGCAAAAUGGGCUUAAUGAGAAUGCAAUGGAUCUUUUCAGGUCGAUGGUUGAAAACGGGCCCGAGCCCAACAGCUAUACCCUUGCAAUUAUGCUGAGUGUGAGCUCGAACUUGGCUUCUUUAAACCACGGCAAACAAAUACACGCGAGCGCACUAAAAUUAGACAUGGCGCUUUCGGUUUCGGUCAGCAAUGCCCUUAUCAACAUGUACUCGAGGGCUGGAAAUAUCGGCUGUGCGAAAAAGUCGUUUAAUUUAAUAAAAACGAGAAAAGACCCGAUUUCUUGGACCUCAAUGAUAGUCGCCUUAGCCCAGCACGGUUUUGCGGACGAGAGUUUACAACUGUUCGAAGAAAUGUUGUUAUUAGAUAUCAAACCCGACCAUAUAACGUACAUUGGAGUCCUCUCGGCUUGUACGCACGCAGGUUUAGUCGAGAGGGGCCGUUAUUAUUUCGAUAAAAUGCGUGACUCGCAUGGAAUCGAGCCCACUUUGAGUCACUGCGCGUGCAUGAUCGACCUUUUUGGCCGAGCGGGAUUAUUGCGCGAAGCGCAAGAUUUUAUCGAGAAAAUGUCGGUCGAGCCCGAUGUAGUCUCGUGGGGCUCGCUUUUGGCUUCGUGCAGAGUUUAUAAAAACGCGGAGCUCGCGAAAUUCGCGGCCGAGAAAAUUCUAUCCAUCGAGCCGGAGAACAGUGGGGCCUACUCGGCUCUGGCGAAUGUGUACUCGGCGUGCGGAGAAUGGGAAGAGGCGGCCAAAAUUAGGAAGUCGAUGAGGGAUAGGAGAGUUAAGAAAGAACAGGGUAUUAGUUGGCUGCAGAUUAAGAACCGAGUUCACGUUUUUGGGGCGGAAGACUCGGUUCAUCCUGAAAGGGAUUCGGUUUUUCGGAAGGCGGACGAGAUAUGGGAGGAUAUUAAGAGGAUGGGUUUUGUGCCGGACUUGGGUUGCGUUCUGCACGAUUUGGAUCGGGAGCUGAAGGAGCAGAUUCUGAAGUAUCAUAGUGAAAAACUGGCGAUUGCGUACGGGUUGUUGAGUACGCCGAAGAAUAGUACGUUGAGGAUCAUGAAGAAUCUCAGGGUGUGUAAUGACUGUCAUUCGGCGAUCAAAUUUGUGUCGAAAUUGGUCGAUCGGGAGAUAAUCGUCCGGGAUGCGACGCGUUUUCAUCAUUUUAAGGAGGGUUUGUGUUCGUGCGGGGAUUAUUGGUGA